AUGAGCGAGGUCUCACCCACCGCCACGCCUCCGUCAGGCAAGGAGGCUUCCCUCUCCGAAGCCCACGAAGCAGGAACAGCUACCACCACCGUUCACACCACCAGCUACGGAACCGUCUCCUACACUCGUCAAGAAGAACGCAAGCUCGUCCGCAAGGUUGAUUACCUCGUCGUACCUAUCCUACUCGUUCUAUACCUCUUGUCAUUCCUGGAUCGCUCAAAUAUUGGUAAUGCCAAGCUUGAUGGUCUCGUCAAAGACAUCAACCUGCGUGACUAUUCUACAGCACUCACCAUGUUCUUCAUCGGUUAUGUCAUUGGCGAGGUACCAGCAAAUAUCGUCCUCAAGAAGACUUCCCCGCCCAUCUGGCUGCCUAGUUUGACCUUGGUGUGGGGCAUCAUCUCGGUUGUGCAGGGUCUGGUUCACAAUCAAGCUGGUCUUUUCGCCGUUCGCUUCGCCCAGGGGGUGAGCGAGAGUGGUCAAUUCCCUGGCUCGGUCUUCGUGUUCAGCAUGUUCUAUCCUCGUCGAGAGCGUCAUUACCGUGUUGCGCUGUUGCUGUCUGGUGCAGCAUUCUCCGGCGCUUUCGGUGGUAUUCUAGCCUAUGGUAUCGGUUUCAUGCGUGCGGUCGGCGGCAAAGCAGGUUGGUCUUGGAUCUUUAUCCUUGAAGGUCUCCUUACCAUUGUCGUUGCUGUUGCUGCAUACUGGCUGGUACCUCACUACCCUCAAAGGUCAAAGUCGUUCUCAGAAAGAGAGAAAGCAAUUAUCGCAGCACGUAUGCAAGCCGACCACGACUCGCUCGACGAAGAACCUUUCUCUUGGGACGGCGUCAAGCAAGCUUUUACCGAUCCCUACGUCUAUCUCUACAGUCUCCUUUUCCACGGAUUUGCAUUUGCACUCUACACCGUCUCGCUCUUCAUGCCGACAAUUAUCAACGAACUCGGCUUCACCGCCGCCAACGCACAGCUCUUAACCGUCCCACCCUACUUCCUCGCAUUCAUCUUCACCAUGUCCAUCGCCCACGUUUCGUUCAUCGUCCAGCGAAGACUAGUGUUCAUCAUCGGCUCAGGCUGCCUAGCUAUCGUAGGGUACAUUGUUCAGAUCGCUUCCCCCACCGUAGCUGGUCGCUAUGUUGCGCUGUUCCUCUGCACGCCGGGUAUUUACGCAGCUAAUGCUCUGCUUCUUUCGCUCCCAAGCGAGAACAUCACAGGUCAGACGAAACGAGCUACCGCACUCGCCAUGCAAAUUGGCUUCGGAAACAUGGGAAGUAUCGUCGGUGUACAGCUCUACAGGAAGCCACUAGGAGGAUUGGUGAAUAAGAACUACCACAUCAGUCAUGGUCUGGCAAUUGUUUGGCUCGCUUUCGGUAUUGCUGCCGCUACAUCGCUGUGGUUUUUGCUCAGUAGGGAGAAUCGAAGAAGAGAUGCUCUGCAGGCGAAUGAUGAGAAGCAAGACGAGUUGUCUGAAGAGGAACUCAAGAGGUUGGGUGACCGUCGUUUGGAUUGGAGAUACCAUUACUGA